UGGCGUAAAAACUGAACUAUUAGCGACCGCAUCUGUUUGCUAAAAUUUUUAUGGACAUUCAGACAUUGUGGUUUUUCUUAAUAAAAAAUAAGUUCUUUCCGCAACUAGAUAUAUUAUUACGGUUGCUAUGGCGGCGAAUAACUUCAGAUUUAUAUAUAUCUUUUCAGCAAAGUGGGCUCAGCUACAGAAGCCUUGUCAUACUGGCAGCGAAUCGCGAUAUUGAGUAUUGCUCCUGUAUUUUGUCAAACAAAACAUUUGAAGUAUUUUUUGCAUAGUUAAAAUAUAUUUUUACAAUGACCGAACCUUGGUAAUUUUCAAGUUUUGUGUAGCUGAGUUGUGAAAAUAGUUGAGUAGCCCUGCUUUAGACUUAACUCAUAUGAUUUCUUGAAUAGCCUAGAGGUUCAAAUAUCAAAUUGAGUUGUUGCUGAGUUCUGAAGUUUGUUUUCAGUAUAAAACUAUAAUGGCUCAAGCGGAAUGUGAUUUGUGUAACCUUUUGCUGAAGAAAUAUUUUGGAUCCAUUGUGUCGAAUGUUGGAAAAUUUUUAUGUAAAAAUGGACGACAACCAUUAGGUCAAAUUAUAAUCAGCACAAAACUCAAACCAUCGUUAGUAAAGAAAUCACUAUGUGUGCUAAUUCAACACAAACUUGUGAGAUUUUUUAAAAAGAAAAAGAGAAUUGAAUACAUCUUUGAUAUGAAAAUUGGAUUGCGACUUUUACAAAUUCCAAAAAUAAUUUACACAACAAAACUACUGUAUGGUGAUCCAGGAGAAUUGAUUAUAGAAGAGAUUCUUGUCAACGGAAUUUCAACAAUGGAGUCAACUUUAGAAACAGUUGUCAAAAGACUGCAGGAAUCAACAGAAAAAGUAAAUGAGAAUGAAGUUAAAACUAUUUUCGAGAAUCUCACAAAUGCGAGGUUUCUUUUAGUCGAACCUAAUGUUGAAGAUACUGGUGACGUGGACGCAGCUGAAAGUAGAGAUAGCGAUUCACAAUUUCCGGCUGGGAAUCGAAAAAGAAAAUAUUCUGGUAGUGAAAAUGAUGCUCCUCAGAAAAAGCGAACAAAAAAUGCUUUCGGUACUUGCUAUUCCAUAAAUUAUGCUCGUUAUUCUCAAUAUUUUCGCGAUCAAAGUAUCGUUGCAGGUGUAACACAAAAAUUUAAUGUUGCAUGCGGGGAAAUUGUAAGAACAUUGUUAAGAAUCAGUGAAGUAACAACUUCUGGUGACGCUGAGGUUACUCAACCAAUAUCCAGUAAUGAAAUUAAGCAUGCGCUCCCUUCAAAUAUGAACUUAUCUGUUGAAUACAUCGAGCAAUAUCUAAAUAUAAUGAAGAAUGACGAAGGCAACUUCGUACAAAAAUCUGACGAAACCAGCAGCGGAACAUACGCUGUUAAUAUAAAGAAAUGCAUCACAGCGAUUUGUCAUGCUAACGUUCUUUCUUAUGUACAAGAAAGAUUCGGAAGUAAAUGCUGCAGAAUUUUCAAACUUCUCAUGUUAAAAAAUCAUAUGGAACAGAAGCAAGUCGAGGAUUUUGCUAUGAUUCCUUCAAAAGAAGCAAAAGAACUUUUAUAUCAAAUGUGGGCGGAAAAUUUGCUAGUCAUGCAAGAAAUUCCGAAAACUGCCGACCAUGCACCUUCUCGCACAUAUUAUCUUUUCAAUGUGAAUAUAAAAAAAGUGGUUCGAACAUUGUUAUCUCGUUUAAAUAAAAUGUUAGUAAAUCUUCUUGCUCGUCAACAGUUUGAAGUUAAAGGCAACAAAAGACUCCUUGAGAAACGGAAAAGAAUUGAUUCGAUAAAAGCAACUUUACAACAAGCUGAAGAGGAUCAGCUAGAGGAAAUUGAAGAAAUGUUGACACCUGCAGAACGAGACCAUUUGCAAAAAUUAGAACAUUGUUGCAAUAAACUAGGAAAAAGCCAAAUUCAAGCCGAAAAUACUGCUUUUCUGUAUAAUUCAUUUUUGGGAUCAUAAUCAGAUUGGUGCUUUCUAUAUUCUAUCAGUG